GCUGGGGGUUGGCAGCGUCCCGAGCCCUUUAUUCUGUCUCCCUCAAAGGUUCAGCGGUCGUGAUUGCAUUCAUAGUCCAUCCCAACGCCAUCCCGUCUUCCAUCUGGGUGUGGUCUCUCCCUUUCUCCAUUACCCUGCAGUUUUCCCUGCACACCGCUAGGUGUUUCUUUAGGCAGUAAAUGGCAACCAAGAAGAAAGAAAUCCAGUUACAGACAGUCGUCAACACUGACAGCCUGUGGGAAGAAAUGCUGACCAACAAGGGCCUGACAGUCAUUGACGUCUAUCAAGCAUGGUGUGGCCCUUGCAAAGCAACCCAGACUUUGUUCCGGAGACUGAGAAACGAGCUUUCGAAUGAUGAGGAGAUUUUACAUUUCGCCGUGGCAGAAGCAGAUAGUCUGGGGCCCCUGCAGUCAUUCAGAGAUAAAUGUGAGCCUGUUUUCCUGUUUAGUCUUAAUGGCAAAAUCGUCUCAAUGGUUAAAGGUGCAAAUGCCCCUCUGUUGAAUUCUAAAGUGCUUCAACUAAUAGAAGACGAGAGGAAAGUUUUAGCAGGGGAAAUGCCCCGGAGAUCGGUAAUUGACAAAGAGCCACUUGACUUCUCCUUGCAGUUCAAUUUUAAAAGCAUUAUUGACCAGCCAAUCAGUCAUUAUCCUCUACUUGUAUGUCCUCCCCCACAGCUUCCUGAAUUAGCAUUGGAGGAUUCAGACGAAGAGGCUGAAUGGAGUGAUGUUCCAGAGGUUCCUGUAGAGGAUGAAUACAACAUAUUGAUAAUAAAACCGAAUGGUGUGGAAGAGGAAAAAGUUGAUACGAUCAAACAACUGAUUACAGGUUUUGGCGCUGAAAUAGUAGCCGAGAUGCAGUUACUCCUAGAUGAUGAGCAAGUUCGGACCUUUUAUUACGAUAAAUCCGAAACGGCUAGUUUUGAAGAUUUUGUCUCAAUUAUGACAAGUAACCUGAGUUAUAUUCUGGGCAUUUCCCUGGGAAACAAGAAUAAAAAGGAAAAGCCAGAAGAGAAACCAGUGGAGAAACCAGUGGAGAAACCAGAAGAGAAUGCAGAAGAGAAUGCAGAAGAGAAUGCAGAAGAGAAUGCAGAAGAGAAUGCAGAAGUGAAUGCAGAAGAAAAUGCAGAAGAGAAUGCAGAAGAGACUGAAGAAGAGAAAAAGGUGGAAGAAGAGAGGCCAAAAAGCAUCCGCGAGCUGUUGGAAAAAUUUGAAAUGUUCAGUUUUUGUGAUCUUCAAGACAAUCUAGAAAAAGCAAGGAAAUAUCUCAUCCAAUUUUUUCCAGACUUUGCUAAAUCAAAAAAUCUUGAGCCAAUCCUUGAAAGGACAAUUGCUGUUAUCAGAACUGAUGUCUUAUCGGACACUGCCGAGGACAUUAUAGACUUGCUGCAGUCAGAAGGCUUUGUCAUAAAAAUGCAAAAAGAAUUGACCUUGACGGAGGAGGAAGUCAAGAUCAUCUACAAGGACCAGCAGUUUAGAGACUUUUUCCCAGAUCUGGUACAACACUUGACCAGUGGUCCACUUAUGGCACUUUGUUUAGAACGAGAAAAUGCUGUGCUCUUUUGGAGAUAUAUAUUGGGCCCAACGGCAGACAGUAUACAAGCCAUCAGUUUGCGGGAGCAACUUGGCCAGGAAAACUGUGACUUCAAUAGACUGCAUGGAAAGGAGUCCCCAGAGGCAGAAACCAAGGAAAUUCGCAGCUUCUUCCCUUUAGAACAUACUGUGGCACUGAUCAAGCCUCACGCCUACCAAGACCUGAGGGGGGACAUCAUAAGAAAGAUUCAAGAGCUUGGUUUCUCAGUGUCCCACAUGAAGGAAAUCCAGUUUACGCCAGACUUGGUUGGGCGUCUUUAUAAGGCCCAUAAAGAAAAAGACUUCUAUGAGGACUUAGUGGCUCACAUGACUGAUGGUCCCUGCAUGGCAAUGAUCAUAAGUAAGGAGAAUGCAAUCAAGGACUGGAGAACAUUCGUUGGUCCAACAGACCCAGAGGUGGCAAAAAAGACUAACCCUGAGUCCAUCCGUGCCCUCUUUGGGAAGGACAUAUUGGACAAUGCAGUACAUGUAUCAUCUACCAGACAACAUGCCCAGGAAACCAUUGACCUGUUAUUUGGAGACAUUGUUUUGGACUUUGAAGAGCCAGAAUAAGAGUUCCCCGCAGAUGUCGCUCCAUUUCAUCUACAGCCAUGAAAUAUAUGGCAUGCCUGCCUCCUGCAACAAUAAAAGCACAGGCCUCUUGGGGGAAAGGAACAGUGAGGGUGACAAAUAAAACAAAACAAGAAGAAAA